GCUGGUGUCGCGGGGCGCCGGCGCAGAGAAGGACAGGGGGCGGGGCGUCCGGACCGUGAGGCCGAGUGUGAGGACCGACCCGGCGGGUCGCCGCGGCGGGAAGAUGGCGGAGCUGCGCGCGCUUGUGGCUGUCAAGAGGGUCAUCGACUUCGCCGUGAAGAUCCGGGUGAAGUCCGACAGGACGGGUGUGGUCACGGAUGGCGUGAAGCACUCCAUGAACCCCUUCUGCGAGAUCGCCGUGGAGGAGGCCGUACGGCUCAAGGAGAAGAAGCUGGUGAAGGAAGUCAUUGCCGUCAGCUGCGGGCCUACCCAGUGCCAGGAGACCAUCCGCACCGCUCUGGCCAUGGGUGCAGACCGAGGCAUCCACGUGGAGGUGCCGGCUGCGGAGGCGGAUCGCCUGGGUCCCCUGCAGGUGGCCCGGGUCCUGGCCAAGCUGGCAGAGAAGGAGAAGGUGGACCUGGUGCUGCUGGGCAAGCAGGCCAUCGAUGAUGAUUGUAACCAGACAGGGCAGAUGACAGCCGGAUUUCUGGACUGGCCACAGGGCACAUUCGCCUCCCAGGUGACGAUGGAAGGGGACAAGAUGAAAGUGGAGCGGGAGAUCGAUGGGGGCCUGGAGACCCUGCGCCUGAAGCUGCCUGCCGUGGUGACCGCUGACCUGCGGCUCAACGAGCCCCGCUACGCCACGUUGCCCAACAUCAUGAAAGCCAAGAAGAAGAAGAUCGAGGUGAUCAAGGCCGGGGACCUGGGCGUGGACCUGACCUCCAAGCUCUCCGUAAUUAGCGUGGAAGACCCACCCCAGCGCACGGCCGGUGUCAAGGUGGAGACCACAGAGGACCUGGUGGCCAAGCUGAAGGAGAUUGGGCGCAUUUGAGCCCUUUCCCUGAAACCCGGCAAUAAAACCAUGACUCUUCCGA